AUGGCAGGUCCUAAAUACCCCAAAAUUGUCGGAUUCGAAUUGGUUGAACAGAUCGGCGGCGGCGGUUUCGCAACCGUAUUUCGAGCUGUCAACGUAGCCCAGCACCGAGUUGCAGCAUGCAAACUCAUCAUGUUCACCGAAGAAACCACAGAGAAAGAGCGGAAAACCUUUGACAAGGAGAUGCGGAUACACACCGCCCUGAAGCACGAGAACGUCCUGGAGUUUAUGAACGCAGUCAUCGUCGAGCUAAAACAUAAACUGAUUUACAUCCCUGGGAUAUACAUGUUGCUCGAGCUAGCAAGCGGUGGAGAUCUCUUUGACAAAAUCGCUGCGAAUGUCGGUGUGAGCGAAGAAGUUGCACAUCUAUACUUUAACCAGCUUAUCGCCGGAAUGCAUUACAUCCACGAGCAAGGAGUGUGCCACCGUGAUCUAAAACCGGAAAACUUGCUACUUGACGCCGCCGGAACACUCAAAAUCACCGACUUUGGUCUAUCUGCAGUAUUUCGCCUCAAAGAAUCUGGAAAAACCCGGAUGCUGACAGAGAGAUGUGGAAGUUUGCCGUAUGUUGCCCCUGAGUUGAACAGCGAUAGACCAUAUCACGCAGAACCGAUCGAUGUUUGGGGAGUUGGCGUGAUUCUGUUCACUCUGUUAGCAGGGAAUACACCAUGGGAUGAACCGUCUGCCAAAAGCGCAGAAUUCCGAAGAUACGUUUCUGGAGAAAUUUUUUCUGAAGAUCCGUGGUGCAGAAUUCCAUAUGAGGCUAUGUCACUUAUCAAAGGAAUGCUGACCGUUGAUCCAGAGAAGAGGCUGACCUUGCGUGACGUUUUCCAGCAUUCGUGGGUUAUGAGACCAAGCCAAUUGGCUUCCUCUCGAAAUCCUGCCGAAUUGGCGAUGAGACUCACCCAAAAUCUCAGAGAAAAUGGUGAUUUAGGCCUUGCAGCUCCCAAUUUUACCGGGAAGUCGGACGACGCCAUGGACGUGGACGGGCCUUCUGCACAUAAAUCACAAUUCACUCAAAGCCUUAUGCUCUUCUCGCAAACCCAGCACGGCUCCCGAUACACGCCCAAUCUCACCCGCUUCUACUCCUCCCUUGGCCCAUCCCUUCUCAUCGCACUCAUCAAGGAAUACCUCGAACAACCCGACGUCGGAGUCAAGUGCAAGCUCGGGGCCGAACCGAUCGUCAACGAGCGCGGGAUCGAGGUGUACCGGAUGCGAAUCGGAGGAUGGGACGCGCGAAAGCAAAUGUUCAAGGGCUGGGUGGACGUUGAGAAGUUUGCCUAUCGCGGCGAAGAGGGCGCCUUUUGCUUGAUGCGCCGCGACGAGGGAAGCCCGAUCUCGUGGAGGCAGCUCUGGAAGGCGAUCAUCCUCAGUCCUGCGGUUGAACCUCAUGUUCUCAGGAAAUGA